AGUGCGAUCGUUUGGUCACCGGCCGUCUGUCUGUCUGAAGCUCCUCCCACGCCUCUCGCACCUGGCGCGCAUAAGUACGCCAUUGUCACGCCACAACAAAGAAUAUAUGCACCCACCAGCAGCAACUAACGAUACGCCAUGGCCGCCGCCGUGCCCCUCCUCCUUUUGCUGGCUGCCGCCGCCGCCGCCUCGCCGGCGGCGGGCGGCGGCAAGCAGACGCACAUCAAGCUGUACUUUCACGACGUGCUGAGCGAGCCGAGCCCGACGGCGGUGCGGGUGGCGCGCGCCGCCGUCACCAACACCUCCAAGACGGGCUUCGGCCUCGUGACGAUCAUCGACGACCCGCUCACCGAGGGCCCCGACCUCAACUCCUCCACGCCCCUCGGCCGCGCCCAGGGCACCUACAUCGCCGCCGGCAAGGACGAGGUGGCCCUGCUCAUGAACAUGAACUUCGUCUUCCAGGCCGGCACGUACAACGGCAGCACCGUCGCCAUCAUGGGCCGGAACCCGGUGUUCGACGCCGUCCGGGAGAUGGCCGUCAUCGGGGGCACCGGCGUGUUCAGGAUGGCGCGAGGGUACGCGCAGGCCAGGACGCACACCUUCGACCUCAAGAGCGGCGACGCCACCGUCGAGUACCACCUCUACAUCAACCACUGAUCGAUCGUCCGAGUGCUCUGCUCCACUCCAUCCACCGCUGUCCAGUGUCAUCAGGCGCCGCAACUACCGCACUUGGUUUCCAUCGUUUCAACCACACUGCACUUUGUUUUACAUCCUAUAAAUUGAUUUGCCAAACACAUCCAUUACCAAAUGAUGUGUGAUGAUUUGGGUUGUUGGCAUGCUUCCCUCGAUCUGCAAUUUUCAAUUUUUCAUGCUAUUUCUUGGGAGAGCGUCCGUACUUUCAGUGCCCAUGCAGCUGGUUCCAAUCGUGUCAUCUCAAUAUGAUGCUUCCCUCGAUCUUGUUGGUA